AAAAGGGAUAUAGGGUUGAUGGAAGUCAUCGUCUUCCUCUUCCACACACCAUUCCAGCUUAAACCACUAAAACAAUGGGUUUCUCAUAUCUCAAUUUUCUCUGAUUAAUUCAUUUAUUCAUGAGAAUUGAGAUGGCUUUUGCUGCUGCUAACUGCUGUCGAACACUCCUCUUCGCCACCACAAGGCUCGCUUCGCCCCUCCUCCUCCGCCGCCCUCCCCUCAGCUGCAACACCCGCCUCUACUCCUCCCGCAGCAAUGUCGUCCAAAUCCUCGAAGAGCGAGGCCUCCUCGACUCCCUCACCGCCGACUCCCUCCGCCGCCCCGACUCCCCUCCCCUCCGCGUCUACUGCGGCUUCGACCCCACCGCCGACAGCCUCCACCUCGGCAAUCUCCUCGGCCUAAUCGUCCUCUCCUGGUUCCUCCGCUGCGGCCACCGUGCUGUCGCCCUAGUUGGCGGCGCCACCGGCCGCGUGGGUGACCCCUCCGGCAAGAGCCUCGAGCGCCCCCAAUUGGAUCUCGCAUCCCUCGAUAGAAACGUCGCCGCAAUCUCAGCCUCGAUCCUCACCAUUCUCGAACGCGUCUCUCCCCCGACGGCGUCUCCAUCCUCCUCCUCCGCCGCCGUCGCGAUUUUGAACAAUUACGAUUGGUGGAAGGACGUGAAGCUCCUGGAUUUCCUGCGCGACGUCGGGAGGCACGCUAGGGUGGGAGCGAUGAUGUCGAAGGAGAGCGUCCGCCGCCGCCUCGAAUCGGAGCAGGGGAUGAGCUACACGGAAUUCACCUAUCAAUUGCUCCAGGGCUACGAUUUCCUCCAUCUCUUCCGCGACGAAGGCGUCAAUGUCCAAAUUGGGGGAAGCGAUCAAUGGGGAAACAUCACCGCCGGCACCGACCUUAUCCGCAGAAUUCUCCAAACCGAAGGCGCCUACGGCCUCACAUUCCCUCUCCUCCUCAAGAGUGACGGCACCAAAUUCGGUAAAUCCGAAGACGGCGCCGUUUGGCUCUCGCCGUCGCUGCUAUCGCCCUACCAAUUCUACCAGUAUUUCUUCUCCAUCUCCGAUGCCGACGUCGUGAGAUUCCUCAAGAUUCUAACCUUUCUCCCCAUGGAUGAGAUUUCAAAAAUUGAAAUUGAAAUGCAGAGCCCUGGCUAUUCCCCCAAUUCCGCACAGCGCAGGCUGGCGGAGGAGGUUACGCGAUUUGUCCACGGCGAUGAGGGUCUCGCGGAGGCUCUCAAGGCCACAGAGGCGUUGAGGCCCGGGGCUGAGACGAAGCUGGAUUCGAAGACGAUAGAGAGUAUUGCAGAGGAUGUGCCAUCGUUUUCUCUGCCGCAGGAUAAGGUGUUGGACAUAUCUCUUGUGGAUCUCUCAGUCUGCACUGGCCUUCUUGAGAGCAAAUCGGCUGCUCGGCGCCUGCUCAAGCAGGGGGGACUGUAUUUGAAUAAUAACAGAGUUGAUAGUGAGGCAAAGAAGAUCGAAGCGGAUGACAUUGUUGAUGGAAAGGUUAUCCUUUUGUCAGCCGGGAAGAAGAACAAGAUGAUUGUGAGAAUAUCUUGAUUCGUAGAAAUAGUGGUUUACAUUUCAUUUUUGGAUGAUACCUGCUCUUGCGGUGGAGAACACACCGUUGCAUUUGUCCUGGUAUUAUCAUGAAUUUUUCUUAAACUUCAUUCAUGAUUUAUGCGUUUGUUUAUAAGCAGAGUUGUUCUUGAUGCUGAGUUAUGAAAACAUUUCCACCUUUUCAGAAUAAUGGAAUAGGAAAAACCUGUAGAAGGGAUUUGAUAUUGAUAGUUACACCUUUAUAGUAGUUUAUGUUUCA